CCACAUGUGAGAACAUCGCUCAAUUAAGCAACAGUUGUUUUCCGACUCUUCCCUUGUGAUUACGCACUAUUGGCCCAGUGUUUUUGUGAUUUAUAGUCCAUAAUCUCCUACAUAGUAUACCCAAAAAUGGCUAGCAACUACGAGGGCUACAAGUCGCCGCUGAGCACCCGGUACGCCAGCAAAGAGAUGCAGUUCCUCUUCAGUGACCAGAACAAGUUCUCCACCUGGCGCCGGUUGUGGGUGUGGCUGGCGAAGGCGGAGAGCAGGCUGGGACUAGAGAUCAGCGAUGCCCAGAUUGCCGAGAUGGAGCUCCAGAUCAGCAACAUCGACUUUGAGGCGGCCGCCGCCGAGGAGCGACUUACGCGCCACGACGUAAUGGCCCACGUCCAUGUCUUUGCCAAACAGUGUCCCUCUGCUGCGCCGGUGAUCCAUUUGGGAGCAACCUCGUGCUAUGUGGGCGACAACACUGAUCUGAUUGUACUGAGGGACGCUCUUAAACUGCUCCUUCCACGAGUCGCCAGCGUGAUAGCUCGUCUAAGCCAGUUUGCCCAGAGCUACAAGGAUCAGCCCACGUUGGGAUUCACCCAUCUCCAGCCUGCGCAGUUGACCACGGUUGGCAAGCGGGCGUGCCUGUGGAUCCAGGAUCUGAUCAUGGACGAACGCGCGCUGUCCCGCUGUUUAGAGGACCUGCGCUUCCGUGGAGUCAAGGGAACUACUGGUACCCAGGCCUCGUUCCUGCAACUUUUCAAUGGGGAUGGCGAGAAGGUGAAGCAGCUGGAUCAGUUGGUCACCGAACUGGCUGGCUUCAAGAAGGCCUAUGCGGUAACCGGUCAAACAUACUCCCGAAAGGUGGAUGUGGAGAUCGUGGCCGCGCUUGCCAGUCUCGGCACCACCAUCCACAAGAUGUGCUCCGAUCUGCGCAUCCUCGCUUCUCGCAAAGAGCUGGAGGAGCCCUUCGAGAGCACUCAGAUUGGCUCCUCGGCCAUGCCGUACAAGAGGAACCCUAUGCGCUCGGAGCGUUGUUGCGCCCUGGCCCGUCACCUCAUCACCUUGUUCAGCAGUGCUGCUAAUACACAUGCCACUCAGUGGCUGGAACGCACUCUGGAUGACUCUGCCAACAGGAGGUUGACCCUAUCCGAGGCCUUCCUGGCUGCAGAUGCCGCCCUGCUUACUCUGCUGAACAUCUCGCAGGGACUGGUCGUUUACCCAAAGGUGAUUGAACGGCACAUUUCCCAAGAGCUGCCGUUCAUGUCCACAGAGAACAUAAUCAUGGCCAUGGUGAAGGCGGGAGGAGAUCGCCAGGUGUGCCACGAGAAGAUUCGCGUGCUGUCCCAGGAGGCCGGAGCCCAGGUGAAGCAGCAUGGCAAGGACAACGACCUCGUGGUUCGAGUGCGAAAGGAUCCCUACUUUUCGCCCAUCCUGGAGCAACUGGACACCAUACUGGAUGCCAAAACCUUUACUGGACGUGCCAGCGACCAAGUGGGCGAGUUCGUCAAGGAGGAAGUGGAACCCGUGCUGGCACGCUACUCCGAAGCCCUGAAGAACGUUCAAGACGUCAAACUGAACAUCUAGAUCUAGCCCAUUAUGUUGCCCUGUUUUAAUCACUGAAUUUGAUUUUGUAAAAUACACACACACACACAUUCGCACCCAAUCAACUGCGUCAGCCACUGGAUGCAGUCGACGUUAUCACCUUUUAGACUCAUUGGGUCGAUGGCAAGCAGACCCCCGGCGUGAUUUGUCUUUCUGUUUUUGUAUUUUUGCCAGCUUAUUUACAAUUAAAGGCUAAAAUCGAAAAACAAAACCACAAGCCUCGAAUCGAACUCGAGUCGACGUUCUUGAUCCGAGUAAACAUAUACACAUAUUUGCCGCCUGUGCCUUUCCCGUUCGCCACUCGGGCUGACAUAUCACGACUCCAAUGCUGCCACGGCACAGUGGGUCUUCGGGUCUCAUGCCGCUUGCUUUACUUUUAAUUAUAUUAUACUACAUAUAAAACAUAACAGUGCUGAGAAUUUUCUUAGCGAGCGCAUUUCUUAAACAGUUGCUACUGGCUUUAAGCAGCCGAAUAUCUUAUGCUUUUGAUCUUGUUUCCAUAAUUAAGAUUGUUUUUAAUGAAAAAUGAAAUAUCAUAUCACAAUAAAAGUAUACGAGCCCAUAAAAGUAAGUGUACGAAGUGUACUGGUUUGCUAACCAGCAAUGUCUCGCUGUUGCUAAAUGGAUUAUCACAUUUAAUUGACUGCAUUCAGAUCAGAUCAGAUUGCAAUGGGUUUAUUAACUCAACGGUUGAACUAUGUAAAUGAAUAUGAAAUAUAAUAUAAAUAUUAAGUCGUAUAGGUCAAAAACU